AUGUUAGAAAAAUUUGAUUAUGAAUUAAUUAAAUCAGCAGGAAAUAAUGAUAUAAAGAAAUUAAGGGAAAUGUUAGAUUGUGGAGUUGAUAUAAAUAUGAAAGAAGCAGAUAAAGGUACAACAGCAAUACAUAUAGCAUGUACAAGAGGACAUAAACAAGCUAUUGAGGUAUUGGUAUCACGUGGUGUUGAUGUCAAUGUUCAAGAUAAUAGAGGUGUUACACCAUUACAUUCAUUAGUUAAUAGUAGAUAUGACAUUUUAGCAUUAUGGUUAAUUCGUCAUGGUGCUAAAAUCAAUAUACCCGAUAAUAAUAAUUUCUCAGCCUAUGAUUUAGCACAUGGUUGGUUUCAAAAGGAGAUGGUUUUAGCAUCUGAGGGUAAAACAUCCCAAAGUGAAGAGAAACUUGAAGAACAACAAAAAGAAAUGAAACAAAAACAAGAACAAUAUCAAAAACAAGUUUCAACAUUGCGUGAAAAAAUGUCAACAAUUGAUGUAUCAACAUCAACAACAACAACAAUGGCAUCAUCAGCAAAUUUUGGAGCAUCUUCAGGUUAUGAUACAAUUAGAGGUGGUGUUUUAUUAAAUUCUUCAGAAGUUUUAAAAGUUUUCUUUAGAAAUGAAUCUUAUAAAUCAAUUAAAGUUUCAAGUACUGAUACUGCAAGAGAAUUAUGUAAAAGAAUGGUUGAAAAAUUCAAUAUGCCAUCUUAUGAUAAAUGUUUUGAUAUUGUUGAAACAAUAAAAGGAAAAUCUCGUUUUUUACAACCAACAGAUUUAUUAUUACAAUCAAAAUCAAAAUGGCCAGUAAUUGUUGGUACAUCUGGAAAUGAAACUCAUUUACAUUGUUAUUUCUCCUGUGUAAUUAGAAAAACUGCACCACCAGAAUGUGUUGAACAAUUCCAAAAAAUUAUUUAA